AUGUGGCAUGUGCCAGGUGAAUUGCACAACGUCUCGUUGCGCUUCAUGCGCCACUUGAUGCACCUGCUGCUGUUGCUGCCACCGCAACCGGAACUCGGCUGUAAGAUACUCUACAACAUUCUUCUCUUCAUCUACAUUUUGGGCAUCUUUCGAUGGCGUUUCUCCUUCAAUUACGAAGUCAUCUUUGAUGCCAUUAAUAAUGAUGUCUCGCGUGUGCUCGACCUGAUCAACUUUGUGACUCUCAUUGUGGGACACUCUGUGAUGGCCACGGAGCUGCUCUGGUGGAAUCUCAGCGAUCAGAUUGAACAGCAGCUCCAACAAAUUCGAUACGUGCUGCGCAUUCAGUUCGGACACAAAGUAAAACUCAAAAGGAUUAAGAGAUACUGCAACAUCAUCUAUAAAAUCAUUGCUAUUCGAUUUUCCAUUUUGUUUUCUAUAACAAUUUUUAAUAUUAUUUCCACCAACACUUUGCUGCUGCUUAUUUGUCAUCUGUACUCUGAGCUUGUGUUUACACUGCGAUGCAUGGAGUUCAGUUUGCAUGCCACGCUUAUAUUGGGUUUCUAUAAGGAACUCAAUGAUGUGGGAAAUGAUAUUGUUGUGAGACUAUCACAUAGUUCUUUGGCAUCGGAGUUAAACUUGCAGGUGCAACGUUUGGCUGUUCUGCAACAAUUACAUCAGCUGCUCUGGAAAACUCAUCGCGACAUCGAGAAGAACUUUGAGCGGAGCUUAAUCAUGGUCAUGAUGAAGUGCUUUGUGGAUAGCUCAGUGAUGCCUUACUGGUUGUAUUUUAACAGCACCAGAACCAACGCCCUUGCAAUGCAGCUGUACACUACAACUGAGGAAUUUGGAAAGCUGCUGGAAAUUUGCAUUUCAUGUUGGAUCUGCACUCGCUGCGAUCUCUUGCAACGCAAAUUUCACUCGCUUUUUCAUGGUGUCUCUAGAAAUCGUUUAAGAUACGAAAUAAACUCUUCACUGCUUAAAGUAUCUUCUCAAUUGUCACAGGAAAAAAGUCAGUUUAAUAUUGGAGGAUAUAUAACACUCAACAAUAAAAUGCUGGGCAAGUUUAUUUUUGGCAUGAUAAGCUACUUCAUCAUUUGUAUGCAGUUCAUAAUUAUGUUCAUGGACAAAAGCCAAGCACAAGAGGUCAUCAAUCUAGCCUUGCUGUAUGGCGUUGCUGAGGAGCUGGGCAAACUGUUGGAGAUCUGUGUUCCCUGCUGCAUUUAUACACGUUGUGAUCAGCUGCAACUGCAAUUUCGUUCCCUAUUUCAUGGCAUCUUUGCCAAUCGUUGGCAUGAAAAACUAAACUCUGGCUUGCUGAGCAUCUCCACUCAAUUGGGUCAAGAACGAAGUCAGUUUAGCAUUGGCGGCUUCUUCAUGCUCAACAAUAAAAUGCUGGGCAAGUUCAUUUUUGCCGUCGUUAGUUACUUCAUUAUUUUUCUGCAAUUUCGCUUGGCUAUGAACAAAAAGGAAGAAGCAGUCAUGGAACACACUUUGAACUCUUCAAUAAUCAACGCUGAAUAUAAGUAGCA